ACCAACGUUAAUUUACAAAAGUUUUCAUUUCCUAUUUCCUAUUUCCUGUUUCCUGUUUGUUUGCGUCUGCCAUGCAGCACCUUCCUCCUCUGUCCUCGUUGAAAGCCCCCCGUCUCCUCGUUCCCACCACUCGUCUAGGCAACUUCACCGCCCAUUAAAUAAGCCUAGCUAGGCCUAUGAAGCUUUACAGUUCCAUUCAAUGGCUAUUUCUCCCCUUGAUCCUAUUCAUUAACCCUUCUGACGCAAAACCCAUCUCAGAAAUGCCAAGAUUUGAUGAGCUCCUCAACUUGGCCCAACAAUGGUGGACUCACUAUCCACACUUCCAAGAUGCCCAGCUGAAGUUUACACCUUCCAUGGUGAUAGCCGCAGUCCUUUGUUUCAUGGCUGCAUCAAUAUCCAGUGCAGGUGGGAUCGGCGGCGGUGGCAUGUUCAUCCCCAUCUUGGCCAUAGUGGCUGGCUUAGACCUCAAAACAGCCUCAGGCCUCUCGGCUUUUAUGGUCACAGGAGGGUCAAUCGCCAAUGUCGCGUGCCAGAUGUUUGUGAAAAGUCCCAAGUUUGGUGGCAAGGGUUUGAUAGACUACGAUAUAGCGCUGUUAUCACAGCCAUGCAUGUUGCUAGGGGUGAGUAUUGGGGUAAUCUGUAACGUCGUGUUCCCAGAGUGGCUCAUCACCAUACUUUUUGUGGCUUUUCUUGCUUGGUGUACCUUCAAGACGUGUAAAUCUGGGGUGUCGCAUUGGAAAUUGGAGUCCGAAGAGGGAAGGAGGAAUGGAUUUGGAGAAUUGGAAAAUGGAUUAGUGGGGAAUGGUGUCAAGGUCUUGAAAGAGCCCCUCUUGAAUGGGAAAUUGGAGAAGUGCAGAUUGGGCAUUCCGUGGAUGAAAUUGGGCUUGUUGAUUCUGGUCUGGUUUUCUUUCUUUCUUCUCUAUCUUCUUCGUGGAGACAGAUACGGACGGAGCAUCACCUCAAUAGAGCCUUGUGGACUGGGAUACUGGAUUCUCUCAGCUCUGCAAAUUCCUCUUGCCAUAGUUUUUACUGCUUGGAUCUUGUACAGAAGGCAAACUCCACAAGAUCAGACUUCAUAUCAGCAGCGAAAGAGUGAGCUAGGCAGAGGUGGACCAUCAAACAAGUUCAUUUUCCCUGUAAUGGCCCUAUUAGCAGGAGGUUUAGGUGGAGUUUUUGGGAUUGGCGGUGGAAUGCUCAUAAGCCCUCUUCUUCUUCAAGUUGGAAUAGCGCCAGAAGUAACUGCGGCAACUUGUUCGUUCUUGGUGUUCUUCUCAUCUUCCAUGUCGGCAACUCAGUACUUACUCCUUGGCAUGGAGCACGAGGAUGCCGCUCUGUGCUUGGCAUUCGUUUGUUUCGUCGCCUCACUAGUUGGGUUGAUGGUGGUGCAGAGAGCAGUAGAUAAGCAUGGAAGAGCCUCACUCAUAGUGUUCUCAGUUGGCACUGCGAUGGCUCUGAGCACUGUUCUGAUAACCAGUUUUGGAGCUUUUGAUGUAUGGAGAGACUAUACAACUGGGAGAUACAUGGGAUUCAAACGCCCAUGUUGAACACACACACCAAGUUAAAUCCUUACAAGUGCUUAACCUUAUGUCUUACCAAUAAGAAAUGUAGUCAAAAUCAACUAUGCCGGGAAUAUAUGUCUCUAAAUAAUGGGUGUUUUGAGAAGAAUUAGGCUAUGGCAAAACGGUACUCUUCAUUAUUGGAACCACCUAAAUAACUCGGCCUUCAUAGGGACUGAAGAACCUAUAAAUUGUCCAUCUGUUUGAUGAAAUUGAAAUAAGUAUGCAUCCAAGCAAAUCCUUCAUU